CCCAACACACACACACACACCACGACCACGCCCACCGACCCUCCCUGCCCAACACACGCACAACGACCACGCCCACUGACCCUCCUCACCCAACACACACAUCAUGACCACUCCCACACGACUCUCCUGCCCAACACACACACCAUGACCACUCCCACAAUUCUCUCCCUGUUCAACACACACUCCAAGCAAAUAAUCCACCUGCACCACACAUCACAAACCACACACAUAAAUCUUCCCACCCAACACAUACACAAUGGAAAUGAUGCACUCACCACACAUUCUCCUCACCAUGGCCACACCCACACUAUGCUUCCCCAUCAACAUACACACCAUGCUAAUGACACACCUGCAUCACACAGCACAAACCAGGACCAUGCCCACACUACACUUUCUGCAAGAGACACACACCAGGGCUACACCCACACUAUGCUCCCAUUACACGGCACACACCGUGGCGACGCCUACCCAAUGCUCCCUCCACAUGCCCCACGCCAGACCCAUGCUACUCUUCCCACUCAACAGGCACAUCACAUAUUACGGACACGCCCCAAACAUGCUAUAAGCCAGCCAAGUCUAUCCAGCUCCACUGAUGACCACCAUUUUGCACCGCCCCAGGAGCCCUGGCACCAUGAUAACAGGGGGAGAAGCUUCACUGAGCCUCCUACAGUUGUAAAAGUGGAAUGCGGGAAAGAGACAUCAGGAGAACGAGAAAGGGGGCGGUACCAUACGCUCAGUCACACGCCCUCUCAGGAAGGAAAUGACACCUGGCCUAAAACGACCAAUCGCCAUGGCCCAUACAGCACGCUGGAAGGUCACAUGACCACAACGACAUUAUCAGCAAGCAAACCUCCAGUGGGGCCAUCAAACCCGCGGGCGAUGCGUAACCAGCUGCUGCGCGAGCGUGCGCUCAGGGUAGCGGACGAGCGCAGCGGUGGGAUUAGCACUGAUGAUGAGACGAAUGUGGAGAUCCGGAGAGUCGGACGCUACUGGAGCCGCUCGGAACGCCGUGAGCAGGUACUGCAAAAACAACGUCAGAAGCGGGAGGCUCUCAGAGGAGGCGGCGCUAACAGUAACACCAGUGUGGGUGGAGACAGCAGUGGAUACAGUGCACUAAUGGAGCUGAGUCAGAGAAAACUGAGUCGCCUCAGGAACAGGAAGCUGCUGGACGACUGGACCACAGUGGAGGAACUUCUGACUCACGGAACGCGACUCGGAACUCACGACGAGAAUAUUCAGAUCCCAAACUCCCUCCUCACCGUCACCACUGUAUAACACACACACACCCAUGCACAGCGUGGCAUCAUGGGAGAUUUACACAGUUCCACGACCACCUCUCAGGGCAGGAAAGAUUCCGAUUGGUUGAGAGUUUUUAAUUCAUUUGGAGGGUUUUUCUAAUUAAAAUAAGAAUCCAACCACAUCAUUAAUGUUUAUUCUGUUUACAAAAACAAAGCUUUUAGCAUCCUCAAGUAUGCUAACAUGCUUAGCUAGCCCCCUUUAGCUUAGCCGUGGUCUGUGUGUUUAGGUUUCGACAUUGAAAAUCAAAACCACUAGCUUGCAGGAUACAUAAACUAGCUGAUUAGCUGCUAUAAUAAUUAUUAAUAAUUCAAAUCUGUACAAAUGAUCACAAAUCGCACGUAGAAGCCGUGUUUGCACACGCUGCUAGCUACACACUGAGGACAAACCAGACUCAUUAGGCUAAUAUUUGUGCAUGCUAACAACACCCAGGGAGAAUGUCUUUGUCUAUGCUAAUGAACCAAAUUGCAUCUUCUCUUAUCUUAUUCUCACCUUAUCUGAGGAUGAUGACGCUAAGUGUUUCUGAAACAUUUACAGCUCACAUCACAGCCUAAAAAACAACCUCCCCUCCAUUUCUAUUAGUCCCUGAAUUUUGGUAGACGUUUAUCUGAGUAAAUCUCCCACAAGCCUUUGCAUGUGUGAGGGUUUUACUGCCUUGAACACAUGAGGCUACCUCCCGUCUCCAUGGUAACACUAUAUAGGAGUUUGAGAGCCCUGUAGUGUAGAGCUGAAGUUUAAAUAUAUAAUUGCAUAAAUGCUGCAAUCUGAUUGGCUGACCAUGAGCAAUACGGCGCUGCGUUCCGACACGGCUCUGAGACGCAAUGGAGGAAAAACAGGAAGUUCAUCGUCUCGCUGGUGCUAACGAGAGUUUCAAGGACUUUUUUCAGACAUACAUUUUCUCAGAGUUUGCACAAAAAGAUGUCAGAUUUCUCUGAUUGUCUUCCAGCAGAGUGGGCGUGGCUCUUUACCAUCUGACCACACCCACCACCUGAGAUGAUCGUUAAACCAGUUACUCUGGGAAACAAUGCAUCCAAAGCCAAACGCCAUUACACGCACAUGCACGAGGAACGGGACAGGAAGUGACGUGGAGAUCAGACCAGACAGGAAGUACACAUGCUUCUGAUCUUUAUGAAUUCAAACGCUGGUCGUGUGGAGCUUCUCACACACUCAGCCAUCACACUUUGAUGUUUUCUGUUCUUCUCAUGUGGAGAUUUUGCAGUGAUUUUCCUGUUGGGAGUGUGAACAGCUCAGACCUGUGUUUUAGCUUUUCUGUCUCUCUGUGUGGCUCUCAAGUGUUUACAAAGCCGUCCUAAUCAUCCUGGGCUCAGACCUGCACGCACACACACUGCACUGCUGCAGGUUCAUCACAAGUAAAUUAAUGUUUAAAGUCACUCUUACACAGCUAAAGUGUUGUGAUAUCACACACACCUUCUACAGGAACCAUGUGAGCAGGUUCUCUUUAUAACGUUUUUUUCUUAAAAUUUGAUGUUCAUGUGAUUGUAAUAAAGAUGAGAUUUUAAUUAUCUAC